UGUUAAAUAAGAAACAAAUAUAAAACCAAAAACACAAGAAAGCAACCAGAGCCCCAUCAUACGAAAAGCUGUUGAGUCGAAUCGAAUUCUAGUCGCCGGAAAACUCCACCGGCAUUGUUCGUCAGCGGCAAGAAACACCGAGAAACUCGUACAGUUUACACAAAUGGAUUCAUCACAAAGUCCACCAUCUGAUGGAGGAAAUGGGAUGCCGCCGACCUCUCAAACUAACGAAACUGCAGCUUCUAUGCAAAACCUGAACCAGAUCACUGAGUCCAUUGAGAAAACCUUGGCCCUUAUUCAUCAACUCACCCUUGAACUCUCUAACUCCGAUGAUGCUAUGCAAAUGCCACUCCUCCAACGCAUCAAUGAUCUUGUUGCAGAGCUUGAUAACAUGGUGAAAUUGGCAGAAAACUGCAACAUUCAGGUUCCUAUGGAGGUUGUAGAAUUAAUUGAUGAUGGAAAGAAUCCCGACUUGUUUACGAGAGAUGUUAUAAACAACCUCAUUGCUAGGAAUCAGAUCACAAAGGGAAAAACUGAUGCUUUUCAGAAUUUUCGCAAUGAUCUAUUAGAGGAAUUGGAGAAACACUACCCUGAUGAGGUUGAAACAUUUAGAGAGAGUCGUGCUGCGUCUGCGUUUGCCGCGUCUACGUCUGCUGCGUCUACUUCUGCUGCAAAUUUUCGCAACGAUCUAUUCGAGGAAUUGGAGAAAAACCUUCCUGAUGUGGUUGAAACAUUUAGAGAGAGUCAUGCCGCGCCUGCUGCGUCUGUGCCUGCAUCUGCUGUGCCUGAGUCCGUUGCAUCUGCGUCCGCUGUGCCUGCGUCCGUUGCAUCUGCGUCCGCUGUGCCUGCGUCCGUUGCAUCUGCGUCCGCUGUGCCUGCGUCCGUUGCAUCUGCGUCCGCUGUGCCUGCAUCUGCUUCUGUUGCAAAUUUUCGCAACGAUCUAUUUGAGGAAUUGGAGAAAAACCUUCCUGAUGUGGUUGAAACAUUUAGAGAGAGUCGUGUUGCACCUGCUGCGUCUGCGCCUACAUCUGUUGUGCCUGCGUCUGCGCCUACAUCUGUUGUGCCUGCAUCUGUUGCGUCUGUGUCCGCUGUGCCUGCAUCUGCUUCUGCUGCAUUUACACAAAUGGAUUCAUCACAAAAUCCACCAUCUGAUGGAGGAAAUGGAAUGCCGCCAAUCUCUCAAACUAACGAAACUGCAGCUUCUAUGCAAAACCUGAACCAGAUCAAUGAGUCCAUUGAGAAAACCUUGGCCCUUAUUCAUCAACUCACCCUUGAACUCUCUAACUCCGAUGAUGCUAUACAAAUGCCACUCCUCCAACGCAUCAAUGAUCUUGUUGCAGAGCUUGAUAACAUGAAGAAAUUGGCAGAAAACUGCAACAUUCAGGUUCCUAUGGAGGUUGUAGAAUUAAUUGAUGAUGGAAAGAAUCCCGACUUGUUUACGAGAGAUGUUAUAAACAACCUCAUUGCUAGGAAUCAGAUCACAAAGGGAAAAACUGAUGCUUUUCAGAAUUUUCGCAAUGAUCUAUUAGAGGAAUUGGAGAAACACUACCCUGAUGAGGUUGAAACAUUUAGAGAGAGUCGUGCUGCGUCUGCGUUUGCCGCGUCUACGUCUGCUGCGUCUACUUCUGCUGCAAAUUUUCGCAACGAUCUAUUCGAGGAAUUCGAGAAAACCCUUCCUGAUGUGGUUGAAACAUUUAGAGAGAGUCAUGCUGCGCCUGCUGCGUCUGUGCCUGCAUCUGCUGUGCCUGCUGCGUCUGUGCCUGCAUCUGCUGUGCCUGAGUCCGCUGUGCCUGCUGCGUCUGUGCCUGCAUCUGUUGUGCCUGCGUCCGCUGCGUCUGUGUCCGCUGUGCCUGCAUCUGCUUCUGUUGCAAAUUUUCGCAACGAUCUAUUUGAGGAAUUGGAGAAAAACCUUCCUGAUGUGGUUGAAACAUUUAGAGAGAGUCGUGAUGUGCCUGCUGCGUCUGCGCCCACAUCUGCUGUGCCUGCGUCUGUUGCGUCUGCGUCCGUUGCGUCUGUGUCCGCUGUGCCUGCAUCCGCUUCUGCUGCGGAGUUGAAACGGCUCGGGCACAAAGUGUAUUUCCAAAUGGAGAUGUUAGUCUUAAAGGAGUUUGUUGUCUUCGCUUUUAAUUUUAUUGUUAUUAUAAUUUAUAGUCUAGGAUUUAAGAUCUUUUUCUUUUUUUCACAUUUGUUUGUAACUUUGUACAAUGAAUUUCAUCACCGAUUAUUAAUUCUGGCUAUAUCUCUACUUUUUUUGGGUUACUUUUUUCUUGGAUGUAAUGUCAUUGUUAUUCUCCAAUCAUUAAAACUGAACCGAAUUGGUUGAAUUAGAAUUUCGAAC